GCCACGCUUGACACCAUCCUUUGUGCAGCGAAGAACACCCACCAGGCGCAGGCCUACGUCUCCGAAGCCUAUCGAGUGCUGAAGCCCGGUGGACUCUUCCUGGUCGUCUCGCACUCCGGGCCCUCCUGCAGACUGCACCACUUGGUGCAGGACCCGCUGCGAAACUGGCAGAUACAGGUGGCCCGGCUACCUGUGAAGCCUGCAAGCCCAGCCGCCGAGCUCGAAGAGGGCGCGGGCACGGAGGAAGCGCCGCCCGAAGAUGCCAGUCGCUGCUUCUGGAUCUUCGCAUGUACGAAGCCCGGAGGCUGCGCCGAGGAGGAUGCCGGCGAUGCCGAGCCUGUCGCUGAGCCGCCGGAAGCCUUAGCCGAGGCCUCCGAAGCGACGCCGCCGCAGACCGCGGAGCAUCGCCCCGGGUUCUUGUAG